AUGAAUGAUUCUGCUCCUGAGAUAUCUAUUAUGGAUAAUACAGCCACCCCAACCAACUGGAGUUCCUCUUCUGCUGACAGCUGUUUUAUUAAGGAAGACAGUCGGUGCUUUCCUCUUAUAGAUUUCCCUUACAAAAGUGAAAAUGUAAAUAUUCUUCCGGUAAGAGAUGAAGAGAAGUGUGAGCAUACGUUAAUGUACACAGAAGAGAUAAGGAAAUAA